AAAAUAAAACAUUUUUUUUGUACAGAACACAGCAGCCAUGGCAGCUCGCAAGAGAGGUUCAACAAAGGCAAGCCCUCCUCCAUCCCCAGAAACAACCACCACCCACCAAAUCGAGCCUCCUAUCGCUCCACCUAAAAAAGCCUUAAUCUUUAAAUUUUCUCUUUUCUUUUCGAUCCCAUACUUUUACCUUCUUUACCAACACUACAUGAUCGACCAAGACCUCAGGAGACCUAUCCUUAUCAACGCCGCCCUUUGUGUCGCCGGCUUCUUCCUUACUCAGAGAAUGAUACCUGUUGCUUCAAGAUACGUUUCGAAACGCGGCUUAUUUGGGUUUGAUAUUAACAAGAAGGGUACCCCUCAAGGCGAUGUUAAAGUGCCCGAGUCAUUGGGAAUCGUUGUCGGCAUUGUUUUCUUGGUUUUGGCAAUCUUGUUCCAGUAUUUUAACUUCACAGCAGAUUCAAAUUGGCUCGUUGAGUAUAAUGCAGCCUUAGCAUCCAUCUGCUUCAUGAUUUUACUUGGAUUUGUAGAUGAUGUCCUGGAUGUGCCUUGGAGAGUGAAACUUCUACUACCGUCAAUUGCUGCACUUCCAUUGUUGAUGGCCUAUGCUGGACAUACAACUAUCAUCAUACCAAAGCCUCUUGUUUCAUAUGUUGGGCAAGAGGUGUUGGAUCUAGGAUGGGUGUACAAAUUGUAUAUGUGGCUUUUGGCAAUAUUCUGCACAAAUUCCAUUAACAUUCAUGCUGGUGUGAAUGGCCUUGAAGUCGGGCAGACAGUUGUGAUUUCAUCAGCUAUUGUGAUACAUAACUUAAUGCAAAUUGGAGCAUCUUCGGAUCCCGAGUAUAAACAAGCUCAUGCUUUCUCUAUUUAUCUUGUGCAACCCUUAUUAGCCACUUCCUUGGCUUUACUUUCUUACAACUGGUAUCCUUCUUCAGUUUUUGUGGGGGAUACAUACACAUACUUUGCUGGAAUGACCAUGGCCGUAGUUGGAAUUCUGGGACAUUAUAGUGAAACACUCUUGAUUUUCUUUCUUCCUCAAGUGUUAAACUUCCUCUUGUCACUUCCUCAGCUUUCUGGCUAUUUCAAAUGCCCCCGUCAUCGUCUUCCAAGGUUCAAUCCUGAAACCGGACUACUUACUGGAACACGCGAUGGGACACUCAUAAACUUUUACUUGAGAAUAGUCGGGCCGAAAUCGGAAAAGUCACUCUGCAUACACCUCCUCUUUCUUCAGGCCCUAGGAUGCUGCUUUUGUUUCAUGCUGAGAUACUUCCUGGCUGGUUGGUACAAAUAAGGUGGCAACAUUAUGAUGAAUGCUGACAUAGUAUUAUUUACUUUCAUGAAUUUUCAUUUUUUAAAAUAUCACAUGACAAUUUUAAUUUGGUGGAAGAAAAAGGCUUGAGAAUAUUAGAGAUCCCGGGAAACCACGACUUAAAUACAGUCUACCUUUUUGCUUUAAGAGGUUUAACUAGUUGAUGUAGGUCCGUAGGAGGUGAGGCACUGC